CCUUGUCAACAACCUAUUGCUGUACAUCGUACUGCAAACCGUACUCUAAGCUUGUAUUACUUCAUUCUAUCACCAUGGCAACAAAAGCAACAGUAAUAACAGAAGCAGCAAUAGAAGCAGCAAUAGAAAUAGCAGCAGAAGUAUUGGUAGCAAUCAUAACAUCUUCCGCACCCUUGAAAGAGACCACCAUAUCAACUCCAGCAACAAGCCAUGCACUAUCCUGUCCCGAGAUUCUGUCCGCUAUCGGCAAACACGUCUCACCAUUUGAGUCCCAUCCAAACAGAAAUGAUGAUGAUCAAGAUAACGCAUUGAGUUACCUCAAAGUUCGUGACAACCGAUCUUUUAACUUCUCAUACAGACCCAAGUUACUUAUACAAUGCACUCAAGUCUCAAAACUUUGGCGUCAAGUCUUUAUGCCCAUACUCUGGCAUGUAUACGAGCCCUUAAGUAUGGAUCAUGUGCCCAGAGAAAGGCUGAUGGAGCAUCAAGAUCUAUGUCGAAUCCUCCAUCUUCGUUCGUUUUGGCACCUUCCAAAGUUUUUAACCGACUUGAAAACACAUCCCAGAUUCAGGUUCCUAAAUGAAUUAGUGGUUGCUUCAUCGAUGAACUCUAAAGUAGUAUCCUGGUUGCUGGCCCAUAACCUACGGCUGAAGAAAUUGAGUAUGUUCGAUUUAACGUAUCAAUUGAUGCCCAGCAUGAUGGAACAUGCUGAUCAACUAACAACUGAAGCAGUGGCAGCUGACCCAAUCACGACAGCUGGUGCAAGCACUGAAGCUGCAGCUGCAGCACCGGCUACUGCUAAUAACAUUAACGCUAGCUCCAUCAACAGUGUUAAUGGUAACAAAAAUAAAAUAACCCCCUUUGAGCCUCUGGCUCAUCUGGCGCCAACGCUUGAGGAGUUGCAUCUGCGGGGGCUAAGUUUCAAGGAUCAAGAGCUCUGGCUAUUACUCCGGCCGCUUGCUGGACGACUUCGGUCUUUGUCGCUUUGCAAUAUUUCUGGCCAAUUGAGCGAUAUCGGUUUGGAUUCUUUAAUAUUUGAGAAUCUCACCUCUCUAACAUUAGGGCUGCGUAAAUCUUUACGUCCUUGCCUGGAACGAUAUAUCUUGGGGCGCUGUCCACUGUUGGAGGACUUGGUGAUUGAGUUCGUAAUAAACAGCACCGAUGGCAACGACGGGGGUACUUACCCAUUGGAUUCAAUGAUCUAUCUCCUUUCUGGAACCGAGGAAGUCGAAUCUAAGAAAGAACGGGAGAAACGAGAGAAGGAAGGCAGACAAAAGAUCAAGCAGGGGACCCGUCCUCAACUAUCGAGUCUCAAGAUCUGUGAUCAUCCCAAGGACCCUGCAAUGAAGAACCAGAUUGCCAACAACUGGAAAAUUUUGAAGAUGGUCCGCGCGUGUAGUCGGGAAAAUGAAGAUGAUGAGCGUCAGUACUAUAGAUCCAAUGUUGGCGCCCCUUUGACAGGCCGAAUCAGAGCCAAGGAUGACAGUAGUAAGCAUCUCAACAUCCAUGUCCAAGGCGAUGGCGACGUCAACAAUGGCAACUCUAGCACAAUCCGAGUUGAUGAAGAAAUGGAUCUCAAGUUCCAAAAAGGGUUGGGCAAUCGACAGAAUUCCUUAAGAGAGCUAGAGGUUUGUCUUUGGGUACUCGACACUGAGGCACGUAAGGCUAUUGAGGCUCACAAACAAACCCUUCAGGUCCUCAAGAUUAUUAUUCUGGGAUGUGCUGAGAGACAAUGGUCCCCGCUCCUUCCUGGGGGAUCUGAGAAUAUGGGUAAUGAGUGGAUCUCUAUUGUCUUGGAGCGACAAGGGCGAGAGUUAGAGAAGUUAGUCCAGAACUGCCGACGGCUACGCAAGCUUUAUUUCUGGGAUUUGAACAUGGACGCGGAUGUGAGUGUUGUUGUUGAGGAUAUCCUAAAGAAGCGAGAGGAUGACAAUAACAAGACUAACAAUAUAAAGGAGGGAGAGGCUGAGGGAGAAGGCAAUAUUGGAACGAUCGAAGAUGCUAAGGAGGCCCUUAUAGGCGGAAGAGCAGUGACAACAGGGGGAAAUGGAGAUGGAGAUGGAGAUGGAGAUGAUAGCGACCGCAAAUGCAACGCUUCGAACAUUGCCUGGGAUAAUCCCUGUCUGGAGUCGUUGACUAUCCGUGCACGGGAACGAGAGAUUGUAUAUAAAAAUCAUUUGGUUAACGAAGAUGAACGCCGAUUCACCACCAGUAUCCUUUCCGCCACCGCUACUAAGGCUACUUCUACAACCGCAGCUUCUGCACUACCAGAGCCUAAGGUGCCUAAGGAGAUUGAAUGGAUUAUGCCUAAACAGGAGAUCGAUUCUACUUUUGGAGACGGUAUUAGUACACUCUUGGGACACCAGUGGAGUGUUUCCGAAUUGUUCAAUGGUGCUUAUGGUGACUCUGAGGAUGAGGCCGGAGAAGGCAGUGGAAGCCGAAACAAUGACGAAGAUGGGGAUAUGAUGCAGAGGUUCUUGACACAUGUUUCGUAUUGCCCUCGUUUGAAUAAUAUUCAACUUGGCCAACUUCGGCUUCGGCGGCAGUAUAAAUAGCAUAGUAUAUUAUAGCAUAGUUAUAAAAGUCAAUAUUGGAC